AAGCUCCCAGCAAACCCUGCGUGUUACCCCUUAGGCCCCUGGGGCUUGAGCACCCUCGCUUCUACUGGGUGUGGGUGUGUAACGGGUUCGGAUGCCAAGCUCUGACUUCUGUGAACUCUGGUUCUCCAGGCAAGUAAACUCCAAGGAGUACUGACCAGUUCUUGAAUUUCUAAACUAUGGCCCAUGAAUCAGUGACAUUCAAUGAUGUGUUCAUAGUCUUCUCUCAGGAAGAGUGGGAAUACCUAGACUUGCAACACAGGGACUUGUACAGAGACGUGAUGUUAGAAAACUACAGCAACUUGGUGUCAUUGGGAUGCUUCAUUGCUAAGCCAGAUGUGAUUUCCUUAUUGGAACAAGGAAAAGAGCCUUGGAAAGUUGUGAGGAAAGAAAGAACAUUAUAUUCAGAUCUGGGGACGAAGUGUGAGACUAAGAGAUUAUCCUUAGAAAAUGACAGUAAUGAAGUAAACUUAUUCCAGUGGAAGAUGAUGGAAAAAAUGAACAACCAUGGCCUUAACAACCUUAUUUUAAAAAGUAAUUGGGAGUCCAAAAGAAAAUUUGAAGGACAAGUAGAAUAUGUUGGUCAAGUGAAAGUUGCAUCUCAAAAAAUGUCCUCCUACCAAAAACACACAUCUCUUACUCCACAUCAGAGGAUUCAUUUUACUGAGAAACCUUAUGAAUGUAAAGAAUGUGGGAAGGCUUUCAAAGUACGCCAACAACUUACCUUUCAUUACAGAAUUCAUACUGGUGAAAAACCCUAUGAAUGUAAGGAAUGUGGGAUGGCCUUUAGACAGACUGCCCAUCUUACUCGACAUCAGAGACUUCAUUCUGUUGAAAAACUUUAUGAAUGUAAGGAAUGUGGAGAAUCUUUCAUAUGUGGCCCAGACCUUAGAGUACAUCAGAAAAUUCAUAUUGGUGAGAAGCCCUAUCAGUGUAAGGAAUGUGGGAAGGCCUUCAGAGUACGUGGACAACUUACUCUCCAUCAGAGGAUUCAUACUGGUGAAAAACCCUAUUUGUGUAUAGAAUGUGGAAAGGCCUUUAGACAGUAUGCACACCUUACUCGACAUCAGAAGCUUAAUGUUGCUGACAAACUCUAUGAAUGUAAAGAGUGUGGGAAGGCCUUUUUGUGUGGCUUUGGCCUUAGAGUACAUCACAAACUUCAUACUGGUGAGAAACCUUAUGAAUGUAAGGAAUGUGGGAAAGCCUUCAGAGUGCGACAACAACUAACACUCCACCAGAGAAUUCAUACUGGUGAGAAACCCUAUGAAUGUAAGGAAUGUGGAAAGACCUUUAGUCGUGGUUAUCAUCUUAUUCUUCAUCACAGAAUUCAUACUGGUGAGAAACCUUAUGAAUGUAAAGAAUGUUGGAAAGCGUUUAGUCGUUAUUCACAACUCAUUUCACAUCAGAGUAUUCACAUUGGUGUUAAACCCUAUGACUGUAAGGAAUGUGGGAAAGCCUUUAGGCUACUCUCACAACUUACACAACAUCAGAGUAUUCAUAUUGGUGAGAAACCCUAUACAUGUAAGGAAUGUGGGAAGUCCUUUAGAUUGCGCCAAAAGCUUACUUUACAUCAGAGCAUUCAUACUGGUGAAAAACCCUUUGAAUGUAAGGAAUGUAGGAAGGCCUUUAGGCUUAAUUCAUCCCUUAUUCAACAUCUGAGAAUUCAUUCUGGUGAGAAACCGUAUGAGUGCAAGGAAUGUAAAAAGUCCUUUAGACAACAUUCACACCUUACCCAUCAUCUGAAAAUUCAUAAUGUGAAACUAUAAGAAAGUCUUUUCAGUCCUGUGUUCUAGAACACUCUAUGAAUGUACAAUAGUAAUUAAUGCUUCCUACAUGCAACUGACUUGGUAUAAGAAGUUUUAUAUAAUUAAAAGAAUGUGGCAAUUUAUUGUCUUCUACCAUCAUUCAAACCUGAUAAAUGUCACAUUCAUUCUCAAAAUUAAUCUUAUUAAUAUAACAAAUAUCGGAAAGACACUUAUCUCUAUCUUAUCACUUUCUACUUGUGUUAUAUUGAGCAAGAUGCUUAACUGCUCUGUGUUAUAAUUUAUUCAUUUAUAAAAUUAAAACUCUGGCAGUAAAAUUGCUGCAAAUUCAGUAAUAUUUAUCCCAUGAAGCGAUGGAAUUUACAUUUUUUCCUCUUUAAUCUGGGCAGACUUUGACUUUGACCAGUAGGAUACAGUAGAAGUACUACUGUGCCAUUUGUGGACCCAGAGUUUACUGGUACAUUUUACUUCUCUUGAGAUACUCUUUCAAGUUCAGAUCCUGAAUUCUUAUGUUAAAAAAAAAUCUGGCUACUCUGCUGAAGAGACAACAUAGAGAGGUUCUGAGAAUAUAUAGAGAGGAAGAGGUACCCAGUCUUCCAGACAUGCCCACCAAAACACCAGACAGUUGAGUGAAAUAGUUUUGGAUCCUCCAGAUCAGCCACAAGCAGAAUGCCAUUGAAUGACCUCAGUUAAUGCUAUAUAAAACAGAAGGAUUGUCCAACUGAGCCCCUGCCCAAAUUCCUGUCCCCCAAAAUCAUGAGAAACAAUGUAAUUAAUGGUGGUUGUUUUAAACUUAAAUGACCAAAAUUCACUCCAGAUACUAUAAAAAUCCUGAACAGGUCUAUAAACAAAGGAAGAAAUGUAAAUGUAGUUGUGAUCUUGGUUGUUUGAAAACCAGAAUCAAUAGUUUUGCAGGCAGUAAAAUGUUUUAAAGAAGGAUAAUCACUAACAAAAUUUUGCCAGAUCAUUCUAUAAUGCAGUAUCUGAAUCAAUGAGGAUAACCCCUAAAAAUAAUAUCUGGACCAGUGUCAAUUAAAAUAAAUGUAAGCAUUCCCAAAUGAGUUUAGUAAGUUAAACUCAGUAGUCUAUUAAAAUGAUUAUAAAACAAAAUGAUCUACCAGGAGUAUCCAGAGGCUCAGAGUAUCUAGAUAGCCUCCAGAAGCUAUCUGUUGUGAUUCAAUCAGAUGUCCAGAUUUUAGGUUUGCUAACAAACAGUGUAACAAUAUUGGAAAAGUGACAUAAUCCAGCCCCGAUAUCAUAUAGAUUCUCUUUUUAUUGUUUAUCUUAUCUUCAUCAGCAUUAAAAAGGAAUGGACAAUAGAUAUAAAAAGUCAAUCUUUAAAAACUUUACAUAAAUAAAACUGAAUGUUGCCACACACUUCAUUUUGAGCCAAACUUCUGUAAUGUUCCUGUAGUCAAACAUACAUUAAAACUUGCACCUACAAGUCCAUUUUGCUGAGAAUGGGCAGAUUGGGCAGAUGUUAUUGAAUACAUCAUUCACUGUCUAGAAUAAUACAUGUUUUCCACUCAGGAUUUCAAAUGUUUAAAUUUGUAAACAGUAUAUACAAUGUGUAUACAAAAAUAUAAUGCCAAAAAGAGUAUUAUAAAUGCUAUAAUAAAAUUAACUUUUACUAAUAGGUCAUUGUGUUUCUCCUCCAUGGUUCCAUUUUUAUGUUAGAGGUCUUCUGAAAAUAGUACAGUGGCUCAAAAUUUCUGAAAGUAUGUUCCACAAAACAAUAGUAUUUAGUGGUACUUGAAAAUGAUUUUGUGGUCAAAUAAGCAUGGAAUCUCUGUAUACUAUAUUUCUUGGGGGAAAAUUCACAUUAAGUGUUUAUCAAAAGACUAUCAAAAAUGUUUCAUUUUAUCUAACACAAUGUAUGUCAGACUUCAGUAUAGCACUCCCAUUCCCAAUACCUAUUUAACCAAAAAUGGUGGCUUCAAGGAUGGAGAUGUCAGCUUUAUGACAGGUGUAUGGUUAUUUUUAUAGUGAGGAAAGCAAGUCAACAUGCUAUCCAAUUAGCUAAUUCUUUGAAAAAGAAUUUUUUUAAUGGUGCCUUUCAAUAGAAUAAAAAACCUCUAGCCCUGUUAUUUAGAUAAGUACAUUGUAAGUAUUUAGGUCCUUUAUUGGCAAUUUUUAGUUACAUACAAUUUCUCACUGAAAAAUAUCUUACUGAAUAUUUGUGUUUGUCAGUACGCAUAAACAAGAGUUUCUCUAUCAAAAAGUGGGAUUGCUCAGUAACAGGUUAUAUUUACUUGCAACCUCAUUAAGUACUCCUGCAGAAGUGGUGAAUAUCACUAUGGUGCUAAUUUACAACCCCUUUAACAUCAUGAAAUUAUUUCCUUAUAACUUGACUUCUGGCUUGUGCCUUAAUAUGUUCCUGGUUAAUAGUGAGUUGAGCAUCUUUUACAUCUCUUUAUUGAUAAACACUAUAAUGUGCUAUUACUUGUGGGGGUUUUUUGCCAUUUUUUAAAAAAGAAUAUUCAUAUAAGAAUUGUGGAAUUCUUAAAAAUAAUUUUUCAUUAGUAAUCCUUCACCUAGUAUUAUAAAUGAUAAACUUACCUUAUCCUAGACCUGGCUUAUAUCUGUAUUUAUGGUGAUAUUGUCAUUAAAGUUUAAAAUAUGGAUACAAUCAUAGUGUUCAUUAUUACCCAAUAAUAUUUUAAACCCAUUUUCUACUAGACUGUUUUCUAGGCAAUCAGUUAUGUCAACUGCAAAUAGAUAUAAUUGUGUUCUUUUCUGAAUAUUUACAGUUAUUAUUAAUCUUAUCAUAAUAAAUUUCCACAACAAGAUUUAGAGUUAGUGAUAAUAACAGGCAUCUAAUUGUUUUCCCCAAUUUAAUGAAAAUCUCAGUGUAAUGUUUACUCUAGAAGUUGAGGUAAGUAGACUUUAUAUGACUCAGUUGUUUCCUUUGUCCCUUUUUUUUUUUUUUUAAUCAGAAACACCUGCUGAAUAUUGUCAGAUGCCAUCUGGCACAUUGAUAUAAUGUUUUUCUUGAAUUUGUUAAUGUGGUAAGUUGUACAUUGGUCAUUAAGGAAGUAUGUUAUUGGUACAAGAAUAAACAGAUAGACCAAUGAAGUAAGUUGUACAUUGGUCAUUAAGGAAGUAUGUUAUUGGUGCAAGAAUGAACCAAGAUAGACUUAUGAAACGAAAUAAAGAGCCCUGCAAUAGA